GAGGCUGUCUUUGGGAUACAGCAGAGUCAGUGAGGAGGAGAGAGAGAGCGGGAUGCUGACAGAUUCCUGAUAGAUGGUUAAAAUGGCGAAAGCUUGUUCAACCCCAGAGAGCCACCAAACUGUAGCACUGUAGGUCGGAACAUGUAGUAGCUGAAGCUGGAUAUCUUUGUGGGUUUUUUUUACCCCCGUCUAUUCACCUCACGUUGUUUUCUGAGAGUGCCGGAAUAUUUUCUAUAAGUGUUUAAAUGGCAACCGCAAGGCACCGCCGCCUUGUUCCGUGCUUUGUGGGACUACUCCUAAAUGCUUUAAUCGGUGUGAUGUGCGAAGCGGAGCUCUCCUUCACACUGGAGCCCAGUGACAUCAUCGCUGUACAGGAGCAGCCCCUCAUGCUCCACUGCCAGGUGGACGGCAUCCCCCCAAUUACGACACAGUGGAGGCACAACGGCAUGCUUUUAACUCAGGAUCAGCAUCACACCACCUUCAUCAAUGGCACCCUCCUGAUUGGUCACUUCCAGAAGACCAAAUCUGAUGGCUCAUCUGACGAGGGCGACUACGAGUGUAUGGCCCAGAAUUCUUUUGGGCUGGUGGUGAGCCGCAAGGCCCGUAUUCAGGCAGCAACCAUGGCAGACUUCCAUGUCCAACCCGAGUCGGUGCAUGCUGAGGAGUCUGGUGUGGCUAGAUUCCAGUGCCAGAUCCAUGGUCUGCCAGAGCCUGUCAUAAGCUGGGAAAAAGACAGCCACGCGGUGGACACCAUGGACGAGAGGUACACUCUUCUGCCUACAGGUGUUUUGCAGAUUACAGGAGUGCGUGAGGAGGACAGUGGAAAGUUCUGCUGUGUGGCCCAUAACAGUGCAGGAGUGAAACACAGCACUGAGGCCCUCCUCACUAUUUCAGGCUCCCAGUCAUCUGUUUACAAAGAGCCAAUGAUCCUGGUCGGUCCAGAAAACCUCACCCUCACUGUUCACCAAACCGCCAUCUUGGAGUGUGUUGCUACCGGAUACCCUCGGCCAAUCGUGUCUUGGAGCAGACUAGACGGCCGUCCCAUUGGUGUGGAGGGAAUCCAGGUACUCGGCACAGGGAACCUAAUGAUCUCAGAUGUUGGUGUGCAGCAUUCAGGGGUCUACGUGUGUGCUGCUAACAAACCAGGGACCCGUGUUCGUCGGACUGCUCAGGGACGUCUGGUGGUCCAAGCUCCAGCAGAGUUUGUUCAACCUCCGCAGUCCAUCGCUCGGCCUGUUGGCACCACCGCCAUCUUCACUUGCCAAGCACAGGGCGAGCCUGAGCCCCAGCUCACCUGGCUGAAGAACGGGCAGAUUCUGGAGCCCAGGGGACAUGUCAAACUCAGGAACAACAACAGCACACUGACGAUAUAUGGUAUUAGCCAGGAUGACGAGGCUAUCUAUCAGUGUAUCGCUGAGAACAGUGCCGGCUCCACACAGGCCAGUGCCCGCCUCACAGUUCUCUGGGCUGAUGGACUGCCCGGUGUCCCCACUCACGUGCAGGCCGAGGCCCUCUCACCCACCACCAUCCAGGUGUCCUGGAGGGAGCCUGAUCAGAACACUCAGGACAUCAUUGGUUAUGUGCUCCACAUCCGCAGGACCUCAGACCCUGCAGAGAUGGAGUAUGAGGAGGCCGUCAGUAAGGUGACGCUGCAGCAGAUCAUCAGGGACCUGGAGCCCUCCACCAGUUACACCUUCUACGUCAAGGCCUACACAUCCCACGGAGCCAGCAAACCAUCAGACAGUGCCACAGAGAGCACUCAUGGGGAGGUGCCAGCGCCUCCUUCCCUCUACACCAAGGUGGUGAACAGCAGUGUUGUACAAGCAAUGUGGGAACCUUCCCCCAAGAUGGGCCAACAUCAAGGCUUCAGACUGUUUUACAGAAGAGCCCACACACCACUGUUCACUGGUCCCAUCACCUUCCCUCGCAACUCCACACAGCACAACAUCACUCAGCUGGAUCCUGCAGUGGUCUAUGAGAUAAAGCUGCUUGCAUACAACCAACAUGGAGAUGGCAAUGCCACCGUGCGAUUUGUUUCGCUUCGGGAGGCGGUGGAGAAAUCUGUGUUGGACACCCCAUGCGACUGUGUGAAAGAUGAACAGAGUAAAACAUCCACUACAGGCAUCAUAAUCGGCAUUCACAUCGGAGUCACCUGCAUCAUCUUCUGUGUGCUCUUCCUCUUCUUCAGCUACCGCGGCAGGUUAAUGAUUUGUAAGACGGUUCAGACCACCCCCCAGGCAGGGCACAGCGUGGUGCUGGAAUCCUCUUCCUCUUCCCAGGGGGUCUCUGGGCUGAACGGGGCUGCCAGGAGAGAGAUGGAGCUCAAUGGCAGCGCAGCGGGAAAGAAAGUGGUUGACUGCAACGAGCUCGAGAGACUUUUCACGCAACCCAACACACAAGAUACAUGCAUGUCCGACUCCUACGUGCUGAACGACACCCAGCUGUCUACGAUACCGCUGGACGAGUUUGCGGUGGAGCGAGAGACACAGUUCCAGGAGUCUCCUGCAGCAGGAGCGAGUCGGCAGGACCAAGGCUAAUCAUGUAUGAAGGCCAAUUUACAUGACACUGUCCACGGUGUCCACUUAGACUCUUCUCUCACUCAGGUUGACAAGUGUUUCCUUUCAAAGUAGUUUGUCCUUUUGUGCAAAGAUUUUUUUAUUGGUAAGUUAAGAAGUUCUAGAGGAUCUAGGACUGUAUAUCGGAGUGUUUUUGGCCUGGGAUUUGGGAGAACGCUCUUCUGAUGGACAGCUGUUUCUAGCUAGGCAGGCCAGUUAAAUGUUUAUUUGUACAAUUUGGUCUUUUGUUAACUUUCUGGUGUUGGGCAACAACAGAAUAGAAGCCCCAGAAUGUCCUUGUUAUACAAUGAUGAUUUUAUUUUUAAGUUUAUAAAUAUAUAUAUAUAUACAUAUAUAUCUUUAUCACCUAUAUGUCAUAAGUGGUUAUAAGUUAUUGGUCUUAUCUCUACUUUUCUGUGGAUGUCAAAGACUCCUACUGCCUGCUCUCACCUACCAGUGAUUCCACCUUCUUGCUCACAGAAGACCUCAGCCUUUGUCCAGGGAUUCGAUAUAUUCUGUCUCAGGACUUUGUUUCAGUGAUAUCAACAUUUUUUAUGAGUUCUCGGCCUUCAUACAGGCACUAGACUUGGCUGUGUGAACCUUUCGAUUCAACAAAAACCUACCUCAGCCGGAAUGAAUGUGUUGCGGGAAGCUUUUAGGGACUUUACCUUCCCCUGUGCUCACAAUUACUUUACAUGCGGAGGAACUGAUUGGUUUGAAAAUCACAUGAUCAGGUGCCGCACUACCUCAGAUGUCAAGAAUCGUCUCUCUUCUCCUGCUUGUCGAAGAAAAACGAAAAAGCAAGUGUCCAACAUAAAGCACUUCCAAAUGCUGAAGUUAAUGUUCUACCUCAAGAUAACAAUGUUAAUGUUGUCGCUGUUGUUGUUGUUGUUUGUCUGUUUAUUGCAUAAUGAAAAACCCUCGUUUCCCCCCUCUGUUGAAUCCUGGCUUCCCCUUGCCGAUGAAUAUGGUGUUUGUAGAUAAAAUGUCAGUACCUCAUGCAAGUUGACAGACUGAUAACACUGUUUUAUGAAUUACAGUAUGUUAGGAAUAUGUAUGAAUUAUGCUGUUCCAUUAUAAGCUUUUUUUAGAUUUUCUUUCAUUCAAAGUAUCAUUAUACUUUUUUUUUUCAAACGUAGUCGCUUCAGUUGAAUGAAAAGACUGUUAGAGAUACACUGUAUUGCUAAUUACAUUUUUAGGACUAUUAACUGCUAAAUGAAAUGUGAUACAUAAUGUUCAAUUGGACAAGAGGCAAAAUAGUAUAAUAUACAGACAUCAUAUAUGUGUCUAAAAUUAGUACUGUGGUUGAAAUUUGUGUGCAUGUGUAUUUGUGUGUGUGUUUGUGUGCAGAUAUGUUUUAUUGAUUGAAUGAAUGUUUACAUACAUAUAUGAUGUAUAUAAAACAAAAAGCAUAAAUCUUAAUGUCCCGAAACAUUAUUCCACUAUUGUUGGUGUAAUGACUUAAAGGAAUAGUUUGACAUUUUGGGAAAUACGCUUAUUGGCUGUCCUGAGUUUGAUGAUACCACUCUUGUUUCUCUGUGUUUACUACUAUAAAUUGUCGUAUUUACAUUACACCCCCGCGUGUGCGCACUUCAAGUGUUUAUGCUAAGCUAAUUGGCUUAAAGGCAUUGUUUGACAUGCCGGGAAAUACGCUUAUUUUGGUGGAAAGUUAGAUGAGAAGAUCGAUACCACACUUAUGUCUGUACGGUAAAUAAGAAGCUACAGCCAGCAGACGUUAUAUCUUGUUUGUUUCAUCCAUACAUAAACUAAAGUAUAAAAACGAUAAUUUGCCGUUUUACGGGGGAUUAUGUGCCUGACUAUUUCUUGACUGGGAGCAGUGACUCCCUGGAGUCUCUGCUGGUUGACAGGCAACUACUCAGAGAUAUUUAACUAACAGAUUCAAGAGUGGUAUGGAUCUUCUCUAACUUUUUGCCAGAAGCAAAUAAGCGUAUUUCCCAAAAUGUUCACCUAUUCCUUUGAUUAAAAUUGGCAGCAGUGUAUUUCUAACCUCAUUCUGGAUAUUGUGAUGUUGUGAUAGUGCUCUUAGUGAUUUUAUUUUCACGUCACAUUAUCUGCCUCCUUUUUCAACAAAGUCGUAGAAUUUCAGACUUCUGGUGUCCAGGAGACAUGACAGGUGCUGAUAAACCACAAUUGCUGCUCAGCCUUCUCCCUCCUGUCAACACUGACUAGUUAAAGUGCUUCAGGAACACCGUGUUUAUAAUAAGACCACAGACAAAGAGCUGGGUGAGGGAGAAUGAUGGUCUUUGGGUGGCUCUACGAUAACAGGGCUUCUCUCUCCAGCUCUCUGCUCUGUGUCGUCACAUACUGUACAGGAUUUGCUCUAAUGCAUUAUGGUUACCUACCUCAAAUACAGUUUUUGGCCUUUCUCUCAGGUCUUAAUGAAGAAAACGUACAGAGUAUGAACAUUGGAGCAGAGGAUUACACACAUACAGUAUAUAUAAAUGUGUAUAUAUAUUGCUAUUGUCGACAUGCUGGACAGAAAAAGUAGACAAAAAGGGAUACAUACAGUGCACAAACACAUAAAUGGAGGGAGAACUUUUUAGGACCUUUAUCUCAUGCACUAACUAUUAAAAUGGUUCAAGUUCAUGCUUAGUUUCUAGUGGAUGUGAAUGUUUAACUUUGGUUAUCAUCAGAUUUCUUUUUAUACAUAUGUAUAUCACAAGCUUUCAACUUCUCACUGGUGUUUGUCUUAAUGUCCUCUGUAGAAAGUUUAUCUGUGAAUUAGUGAAGUAAACUGUCAAAAGUAAAGUGGAUGGCACUUUAACUCCAACAUGCACACAAAUCCACACGAUUGGUUUAUUGAUUCGCCUUUCUGGCUUCUAAACCCGAGCGUGACUCAUUAUCGUAACUAUACUGCAUUCACGUGAUAUCGUUUGUUGUUAUGAGCAGCCGAGAGGGUAAAACUGUUGAUGUCACCCUCUUAGUUGUAAUUCCAAAUCGGUGAUAUUGGCAAUUUCUGACAGCUACGUUAUCUUCCAUUUAGCGAAAAGAAGUACAAAUUUGAACUAGUAAGUAAUUUGUUCAAAACGUUGUAGAGUUGACCAUAUUCUGUUUGUUCGCCAAGCCUCUGCUGCCUCACUUGAGUAACAAGCUAAUGUUACGGUGAGACAGUGGCAUUUUGCAAAAUCAGCUUGCAUCAAAUGCUUCCUCACAUUAACUCUUAGAUAGUUUGGUGUAAUCCGUUCAGCUUGCUAGCUAGUUUCCAGCAAGCCCGCUAGCUUUCCGCAUUUUACAUUAGCAAAGAAAACAACAAUUGCCUAGUUUACUGACAGGCAACAGGGCAUGCAAUGGGUCGUAAUUGACAGGACAUUUUGAUUCCAAUUGAUUCAGCUAAUUUAAAAGGAGCUAUACACUGCUUCUAUGUAUCUGCUCUCACAUAACACAAAGUAGUUAAUUUAGGCUAUUUAAAUAGUGUGACUGAAAGGCUAGCAGUGGGGCUAGCAUCUUGGGCUAACGCCUGAACACUCUCAAAUCGGAUUAACGGGAGGUUUUCCAGUUUUUCCCAUUUUUGCGUGAAUGCAGCAUAAGUUUCAAAUAGGAUUAAUGAAAAGCUAGGAAAUCGGAAAAUAGUUUUCAAAAUGCAUAUUUCAAUUAUUUUGGCUCUAUAUGCAGUAUCACAUCUUCUGAUGUUCUACGACAUUCCACGUGAGAGUUGUACCUGUCCCCACACCAGAGAAUCACCUUCCAUCUUUGUGUGUUCUGCAAACCUGCAUUAUACAGUUUCCAUUUUAGUGAUCGUCUUAGGUACUGUAGGUAAUUUUAUGCCUUUUAAAAUGUAUUUGUUUAUGCUUAUUUGUUUGCAGAUGUUCUCCUUACAUCCAUUUCUUGUAUUUAAUUGUACACUUUGGUGUUAAUAUCAUGUUACAAGUGUUGGAAAAACAAAGAUGGUACUUGUCAAAGUAAGUGCUGCUUGUAUAUUUAUUAACUACCAAUGUGAUACUUUCUCUCUGGGGCUGCUGCAGUGUUUUUACUUGUUUUGUUCUGAGUAAUUUCACUGGGGAAACAAGUGGUGUGCUUUUCUUCCUUCCUUCCUUCCUGCCUUCCUUCCUUCCUUCCUCUGUCCCUCAGUGUAAUUUAGGGUUAAUCGCUUUCUGCAGGAAAUUGCCCACAUCUCACCCGUGGAUGUGACAGGUUUUAGUGCCAUACUGUUUAACCUGAUUAACAGGGGAAUGUGGUGCAGUGACGAUCAUGUUUACGUGAUUAGACUUUGAUAGGUCAGGUUGUCGUAUUGCUGUAUAAUAUUAUAACUUGUGUGAUUUAAUGGAGCCCUCAAAGCUGGUCUCACUGACUGACUGGUGCUUUAACUCCAUCAGCUGAAGGGACCAGAUGAUUCCUUCGCUGACAGUGAAAAAAGGGGCCUUUGUCUUGUAUAUUUUGCAGCCUUGGGAAGUGCUCUACCACCAAACUCUGCUCCUCUCAGUUAGCCAGUCUCCUUUUUUUCUUCAUUCAAGAAUCCUGACCUUUGGACAGGGAGAGUAUGUGCUCAGGGACUCUCUGAUCCUCUUGUUAUAUAUCUAUCAGCAGGCCACUCUUGGCCUUCUGGACAUGAUUUUCCUCUUUGAAUUCUGCUUUCUGCCCAGUUCAGACAGAUUUGCUGUAAGGGAUGCCUUCUUUGUUGGGCAUUUAAGUAAAUGAGAGAAAGCGUUGGCCAGAUAAUGAGUAUUUAACUGUCAUUUAUCCCCUGUUUGGCCACUCUGCUAGAAACACAACGUGUUAGAAUUCAUUCUAGAACUGAAACAAUUAGUCAAUAAACCAAUAAGGCGAUCAGCAGAAAAUUUAUUUGAAACUAUUUUGAUAAGCGAUUAAGUCAUUUUUCAAGCAAAAAUGCCAAAAAAAUAAUUAGUUCAAGCAACUAAAUUGUGAGAAUGUGCUGCUUUUAUUUAUCAUAUAUGAUAGUGAAGUGAAUGUUUUGGGUUUUAGACCAUUUUAAUAAAGUUAGCUUGAGCUGUAGGAAAUUGUGACUGUGAAAAGUUGUGAUUUUUCACUAUUUUCUGACAUUUUAUAGACCAAACAAUCGAUUCACUGAGAAAAUAAUAAUAAUCAUUAGUUGCAGCUGUAUUUUCACAUUCACACUUCUUCUUGUACCCUCAGGUUCUCACAAAGAAGGCAUCCUGAACUGGGCAUGUGCAGGAUUUGUUUUACAUUGAUUAUUAUGGUGCCAGUAUGUGGCCCUAACUGUUAACUAUACAUCUGUCUGUGCAGUUCUCUCUCUUAUUAUGCAUUAACACAGGUAACCAGAUCAAGUCAGAAGGACAAGAUAGGCUUCGAAUGGCUAGAUUGACAAUAUUUCAUUGUAUCGUGGCUGUUAAGGAUGUGAGUACAAUGCUGUAAGUCAAUGGUUGAUCUUAGUGGUGGUUUUAGGGAACCAGAAAUGUAUUCACCUGAUGCAACUAGCCUCUUCUUGAAGUAUCCUUUUACAUUACGUGGUAUCGAUCGUUGUGGCACCAAAUUACCAUACGAUAUGAUUGUGAAUUGAUUACAUUUCCGAUACACUUAUCUCUAUGGUGUUCUGCUCUGAGACCCCGAUGACUGUGCAUGUCAUAUAACGCUGAGUUUAGUCAAAUGGUGAUUUAAUGUAAUUGUGCUUUAAUGUUUGAGAUCAGUAUUUUAUAUACGUCUGUCAAGAAAGCAGAUUGAAUCCAAUGUGUUUAAAGGUAGUAGGCAGAGAAAAACCUACAGUAGCGCUGCAUGAGAAACGAAAAAAUGUGUUAGUUAAUCAUUAUGGGACUUGUGAUGGUAACACUGUAAUAUUUAGCUGGUUAAUGGCAAAAUAAUGUUGCGAUCUCAAUGUGGUGCUUUUGAUGGUCCUGUCUCACAUUGUCAAUCAGUUUUGAUGGUUUGUAUUGAUGAAAAUAGGUUGAGUGACCUUUUCAGUUGACAAAUCUAACUCUGUCUUGCCCUCGCUGAUGCCUGAUGAUCACCUCAUUCUCAUCCUGUUCCCACCAGUCAUCCUCACAUGUGUGACUCGGGGUACACCUUUAAAGUGAAAAGUUGUCUUCAUUUUCCUUCACAAACCAUCUUUGCUUGAGGAGAAUGUCUGUUCUGUAUUGACGUUGUCAACACGAUCUAAAGCCGUUUGGUCAUCCUUCAUUUGGCCACUGAAAUAAGAAAAGAGCUCCUGAGUGGACUCUACUCUGCAGGUGACUGACCCCCCACACCUGUCCUGUGAAAUUAACAUCACACUUGAAAGUCAGUAACAAGUUCUUAGUAAAAACAUCAUCAUUUCAGCCUGCUUACAGAGACAUGCAUUAUAUAAUCAUCAUGUAUAGAACACCACAUAGCAGAUUUGCUUUGCAGUUAUGUUUAUGAUUCACAGUCUAAGCUUCAGUCCUGUAACACUGCAGGCAAGAGUAUUAAGUCUUAAACGGAAAAUUAUGGCAAUAAAUUGUUGCCAUGUAAAACCAUGUAGGCUUAAGAAUAUGUGACCCUCUUCUGCCCAGUGUUGCUGGUUUGCAUCAAGAAUUUUACUCAUAUGCAUAAAGCAUAAGAACUGAUGUGAGAUUAGUUUUAAUCGAACUUUGUUUUAUUGUCCUAGCCAAGAAUUUGAAGUUUCCACACCUUGUUGCCAUCUCCAGUGGCAAGAGGUGAUAAGAAAAGUUGGAUUUGUACAAGGUUGUUUACAAGCCAUAGUUUAUUUAAUCUGCAACUGCAAAAUGUAAGACUCACCCACAAGUUGACGUUUAAUCUCCAUUACUGGAUUUAAAGCCCCUGAAAACUUGGUUUCAGAGCAGAAACAUUUCUCUACAACAUUAAAUGUUUAUGACAAAUAAGAAACAAUCAAAGUUAAAGUUCAGGAAAAAAAAGAGUAUAACAGUCAAAACUGCUAAUCUGCUUCAUCAGGACAGAUUUGAUUGACAGCUGUCUGGCAAAAUAACCAGAAAACCCCACAACCAUCAUCCGAUCAGGAUUCGCUAAUUAGUGAACGGACGUACAUAACAUCAUCUUUUUCCAACUGAGCCUACUUUAAAUGAGGAGAGCAAAAACAGAAACGCAAAUGCAGAAAUCUCUUAUGUGAAAUCACCAAAACUGUUGUUUUCAUGUAGGACCCCUGUUGCUCAUUUUAAGAAGUCUUCAGGACCUUUAAACUUUCGAUUCUGAUGCAUGAAAAUACAAACACAUGGUGAAAAGCAUUGUAGUCAGUGUGCCGGCUCAGUUUUUAACUUUAUUGGCCAGGACUCCACCAAAGAAAACCAGGCUGUUUUUAUGUUUACCAUUCUCUUACCCAUACAGAUCGAUAUAUUAAGAAUGUAUAACAAAAACAUUAUAGAUACUAUUUUUAGGUCCUGGUUAAGCUGAAAUAAUGAGCAGGACAAUAAUUUUAUCAUGCACACACGACUUGACCUCAAGCACAACGUUUGGGUAUUUUUUAGAAAUUAAAAAUCACCAACAAACUAUAUAUAAAACACUUUUUCAUGAAUGGCUUUUAUUUACUCAGUCUUUUCUUUUCCAGAGAAACAUUUACUUGCUUUUAUACUGAAAGAACUGCUGUCUUCUUUUCCAGUUUAUGGUGUAAAGCUCAGUAGAAUAUCUGACAACAACAAAGGGCAAGAGAAGGGAAAGAGUUGCUUUUCCUGGUACCAUAGUUAAUUAAAAACGAGUACAAUUCUAUUUGAUCAAUGCAGUUCUAUUUUUCUUCUGUUUUAUCCUACAGGGUUCAAAUGUGGUGCCAACCUGAAACCAAAAACCAUAUGCUUAACCAGUUGUGUAAACUACUUGUUUAAUGUCACAAAAUAAGCCUCAUUUGUAUUGUUACCUGCGUUUGAUUAAUUGAUCAACCUUUUGGAUGGAACAAAGGGAGCACACAUCUGUAAAGUCAGCCCAUGAUCACACAUCUGCUGAGGUCACUGCCCCUGUCUGCUUUCACUGUUUCUCCCACAGUUUAAUUCAGGUCAAUAAGAGAUGAUUUAAUAAGCGGUCUCAGAGCAUUGUCAGGGAUCACUACUGUAUGUUUCCACAGUUAUGUUUCUACACUCUUUCUAGACCAAGGUGUUGCAAUUAUAAAUCUGUAUACAUGUCCACAUAUACAGUAUGUACUGUAUGUGUGUAUGUAUGUGUGUAAAAAGACCAUUUUUAGUGGUUUGUAUUGUUUUAGGGUUCAUUGUGCAAAACUGAAGAAAAAAACAAUAACAGUGAUAAUAAACUAGCUCUAGUAAUAAUAAA